GAGCCGCGGUGCGAUGGGCGGGGUAUGGACGCUGCUGCGAUGGCUGCCCGUGGGUGUCAAGGCGGCGGAAACUUCGCUUCUUCGCAGAGCCCGUACUCCUGACGCCGUCAGUGGGCGGAACCCCCCUUGCCACCUAGGCUGCUGUCAUGUAUCCGCCAUCGGCUCCGGCACUGCAGCGGGACUUCAUCUCGGUGACGCUGACCCUUGGGCAGGGCUACGACGGCAGCAAACGCUGGCGGCGCCGCUCCUGCUGGAGGAAAUGGAAGCAACUGUCCAGAUUACAACGGAACGUGAUCCUCUUGCUCUCCGCCUUUCUGAUCCUCUGUGGCCUCUUCUCCUACAUCAACAUGGCUGACCGGUGGAAAGUCUUGAAUGACAGGUCAGCAGAAGAGCAGAAAAUGAAGCCAGCAAACCCACCUGUCCUGCCCGCCCCUCAGAAGGCAGAAACUGACCCAGAACACCUGCCAGGGCUUUUGCCUCAGAAACCUCAGAGGCAUUUCCGACGGGGACCACCCAAACUGCAGAUGAGAGCACCUGAUAAAGAGCCCAACAGGAGGCAAAGCCAGGAGCAGGCCGGGGCCAAGACUGGAAAGGAAGCCGCCAGUCAGCAGGAAGACACUGCUCACCGCCAGGAAGAGGCCUUGCAGGGAACCAUCAGCUGGAGGGGAGCAGUGAUUGAACCAGACCUGGGCACCAGACUCCCUUCCAGAAAAGCUGCCUUCACCCCCCAGCCAUCCCCACGUCCCCAGGAGACUCCCAUCCAAACAGCCUCCCACAAUGCGCGCCAGCAGGCUGUGAUAAAUGCUUUCCGCCAUGCGUGGACUGGAUACUGCAAAUUUGCCUGGGGCCAUGAUGAGCUGAAGCCGGUGUCCCGAUCCUACAAUGAAUGGUUUGGUCUUGGCCUCACGCUGAUUGAUGCGCUGGACACCAUGUGGAUAUUGGGUCUGAAAAAAGAAUUUGAAGAAUCCAAGAGGUGGGUGUCUAAUGAGUUGCAGUUUGAGAAGGAUGUGGACGUGAACCUGUUUGAAAGCACCAUCCGGAUCCUGGGGGGGCUGCUGAGUGCCUACCACCUCUCGGGGGACAAAGUGUUCCUGCAGAAGGCUGAAGAUUUUGGGAAUCGACUGAUGCCAGCAUUCCAGACACCCUCCAAGAUCCCCUACUCUGACGUGAACAUCGGCACGGGGGUGGCCCAUCCACCCCGAUGGACCUCUGACAGCACAGUAGCUGAGGUGACAAGCAUUCAGCUGGAGUUCCGGGAGCUCUCUCGCCUCACAGGAAAGAAAAAAUUCCAGGAGGCCGCAGAGGAGGUGACAAAGCACGUGCACACCCUGUCAGGGAAGAAGGACGGGCUGGUUCCCAUGUUCAUCAACACGCACAGCGGCCUCUUUACCCACUUGGGAGUGUUCACCUUGGGUGCCAGGGCUGACAGCUACUACGAGUACUUGCUGAAGCAGUGGAUCCAGGGCGGCAAGAAGGAGACACAGUUGCUGGAAGAUUAUCUUGAGGCCAUCGAGGGAAUCAAAAGACACCUGCUGCGCAAAUCUGAGCCUAGUAAACUCACCUUCGUUGGGGAGCUGGCCCAUGGCCGGUUCAGUAGCAAGAUGGACCACCUGGUGUGCUUCCUGCCAGGGACGCUGGCUCUGGGCGCCCACCAUGGCAUGACUGCUGACCAUAUGGAGUUGGCCCGGGAGCUCAUGGACACUUGCUACCAGAUGAACAAUCAGAUGGACACGGGGCUGAGCCCGGAAAUUGUGCACUUCAACAUGUACCCCCAGAAGGGCCAUAAAGAUGUGCUGGUCAAGCCAGGUGACAGGCACAACCUGCUGCGGCCUGAGACGGUGGAGAGCCUCUUCUACCUGUACCGCUUCACGGGAGACCGCAAGUAUCAGGACUGGGGCUGGGAGAUCCUGCAGAACUUCAAUACCUACACACGGGUCCCCUCAGGUGGCUACUCUUCCAUCAGCAACGUCCAGGAUACCCAGAAUCCUCAGCCCAGGGAUAAGAUGGAGAGCUUCUUUUUAGGGGAGACACUCAAGUACUUGUAUCUGCUCUUCUCCGAUGACCCGAAUGUGCUCAGCCUGGACUCUUAUGUGUUCAACACUGAGGCUCACCCCCUGCCCAUCUGGACCCCUGCCUAGGGUGGUACCCAGCCUUGUGGGCACUACCUACAAUCUGACCCAUACUGUUAUCAGGCACCUACCGCAGAAGCCUGUGCCAGGCAGAACCAUCCCCCUUGACUUUGGCCAUGUGGUGUUUACCCAGCUGGCUGGACAUGCUCCAGGCCAGCUCCUGACAGAAGCCAGUGGGUCCAUCCUGACAUGUUCGGGGAAACCCAGGGCCCCUUCCUACCUGGGGUGGUAUUAGGAUGGCAUUAGGAGCAGGAGAGAUGGAAUCAGCAACCAUAUGACUGUGUGGUUUCAUCCACUGGAGAAGCCUUUCUGAGAACCUCAAAAUCACAACGUACAUUCCUAAAGCCCAAUCAUCCCCACAAGGAUGAUGCUGUGACUCUGGGCCUCUUACCUUCUCUAGGUCACUUGGGGCUCCAGAGCCCAUGCUGUCUUAGAGUUGAGCCAAGGGGAGAGCUGGCCUACAAGCUUGACCUCAGGAUCUCAGAGCCUGUGGCUAUGUCCUUAUCCUUGGAGGGAGGCAUCUGUGACCCCAUGGGGACCUGGGCUCCUGGCAGACGGAAGUGUUUACACAUUGGACUCAGGGAUCCUCCCAUGGCUCUGCCAGGCUGGGAGGGGCUGUGGACAAGUGCUUCCUGCUCCCAGCCUUCCAACAGAAUGAUCUAGUUGGAAUAAAAUAAAUCUGUUCUAUUGUGAAUCUGC